AAGACGCGUCUUCUCGAAGCUUAGUGCGACAGCGAACUCUUAACCAGCCGGCGAUCCAACCUAACUCUUAUUUUCAAAGCGCCGACCACUCGACAAUUCCAGUUUUUGAUUGAGCCGCAAUACACUAAACAUGGUCCGAGCUGGCCAUAUUAUACUCUUGACUCAACUUUUGGUCAUUGCGAACGGGGUAGAUCUACGAAAUGAUGAUGAUUUUGCUAAUAACGAAGUCAGCCCAGCCGAGGUGGCACUUUCGUUUCCCAGAGUAUCUCGCAAAGCCUCUUCCAUCGAUGGUAACAUAGAUAAAAUCGAAGUCAAAUGUGAUACAUCGAAUGGCAUGAUAGUAGAGGUUGAAUUUGCCGAGGUAUUCAAUGGAGUUAUUUACAGUCAGGGAUACUACAACGAUCCCAAGUGCAGAUAUGUGAGCGGUGGAAGUAACGAACAGACAUAUGUAUUCAAGGUGCCCUUCGAUGGUUGCGGUAGCAAGCCGUCCUGUUCGCUGUGUGCAUCUGUUGAUAAUAUUCUGAUCAUUCAGAACGAUGAAGAUAUUCAAGAAAGUUGGGACACAGCUCGCAAAAUAACAUGUAGUCGCAGUGAUGAACAGGAAAAAACGGUUUAUUUCAGACCAUUCGUUGUGGAUAUGUUGGAAGUGAUAUCGGUUGAAACUCCAAGUGGCCCAGUUCAAUGUUGGAUGGAAAUUGGAACAGGAAUACCACCAAAUAUUAAACCUAUAAAUUACACAUUGAAACUUGGCACAGAUAUUACUUUCACCAUAAAUGUUAAGCAAUCGGUGCAAUCGUGGGACAUCAACAUCCUACAAUGCUACGCCUCCGAUGAUCCAGAGUUUGAUGCACGCACUACAAACAAAUUACAACUUUCCGAUAAAAACGGAUGCUCAAUUAAGGAAAAAAUAUUUGGAGAAUGGAAAAGAUUUGAGUCCAUUCCUGGUCAAACUUUAACUUAUUAUAAUACAUUGAAAGCAUUUAAAUUUCCAGACAGAUCUCAAGUUUAUCUUAAAUGUGAUAUCGAACUAUGCAAUGGCUCUUGCGAUAGAGACUACAAGUGUGGUGGCCAUAUACCAUCAACUGUGCCAACAUUGCCUACUAAUAAACCCCCGCGCUGCUAUCCUGGUUCAACUGAUCCUCGUUGCCCACAAGAGCCAAGAACAACGGUUGCUCCCAACUGCUACCCAGGAUCAACAGAUCGGAGGUGCCCCCAGUCACCCAGAACUACAUCAACACCUCGCUGCUUCCCUGGAUCAACAGAUCCUGAUUGCCAGCCUGCCACUUAUUUACCACCGACCACAGCCCGACCUCCAGUAACACCAGCUAAGCCGCAGUGUUAUCCUGGCUCAACCGAUGUACGCUGUCCGCAACAACCUAAAACUACUUCCGCUCCCAUUUGUUAUCCAGGAUCACCUAAUCCUCGUUGUCCACAACAACCCAAGACGACGUCUGCUCCCAACUGUUAUCCAGGUUCAACUGAUCGAAGGUGCCCUCAGCAACCUAGAACUACAUCGAAGCCACGCUGCUUCCCUGGGUCAGCAGAUCCCGUUUGCCAACCGGCUACUACAUUGCCACCGACUACAUCACGACCUACAGUAACUCCUAAGACGACUUCGACACCCAUUUGUUAUCCAGGAUCGCCUAAUCCUCGUUGUCCACAACAAGCUAAGACGACUUCUGCUCCCAACUGUUAUCCAGGAUCAACUGAUCGAAGGUGCCCUCAGCAACCUAGAACUACAUCGAAGCCCCGCUGCUUCCCUGGAUCAACAGAUCCUGAUUGCCAGCCUGCUACUUAUUUACCACCAACCACAGCCCGACCUCCAGUAACACCAGCUAAGCCUCAGUGCUAUCCUGGCUCAACCGAUGCUCGCUGCCCGCAACAACCUAAAACAACUUCUGCUCCCAUAUGCUAUCCAGGGUCGCCUAAUCCUCGUUGUCCACAACAACCUAAGACAACGUCUGCUCCCAACUGCUAUCCAGGAUCGACUGAUCGAAGGUGCCCCCAGCAACCUAGAACUACAAUAAAACCUCGCUGCUUCCCUGGAUCAACGGAUCCUGAUUGUCAACCGGCUACAACUCUACCUUCGACUACAUCACGACCUACAGUUACACCUAAGACGACUACUACUCCCAUUUGUUAUCCAGGAUCCCCUAAUCCACGUUGUCCACAACAACCCAAGACAACGUCUACCCCCAAAUGUUAUCCAGGAUCGACAGAUUCUCGUUGUCCACAACAAUCUAAAACGACAUCUACUCCAAACUGCUAUCCAGGAUCGAAAGAUCCUGCAUGCUUAAAUUGUUACCCCGGAUCACCAGAUCCAAGAUGCCCAAAGGUUCCAACAACCAGGAAGCCUGGAUGUUACGAAGGUUCCAGUGAUCCAAAUUGUCAACCUGCCACUUAUCUUCCCCCUAUCAAAACAACUAAGAUUCCGGGAAGCCAAAUUACUCCUUCAAAGCCUAAUUGUUUCGAUGGAUCUACUGACCGCAGAUGUCCUCAAAAGCCGAAAACAACGCCAUUGCCUAACUGUUAUCCAGGCUCGACUGAUUCUAAAUGCCCACAGCAACCAAAGACAACAAUUCCACCAAAGUGCUACCCUGGGUCCAGUGAUUCUCGAUGCCCUCAGGAACCCAGAACUACAAACCGCCCACAAAUAACUACGACAAAACCAAGGUGUUAUCCUGGUUCUACUGAUCUUCGCUGCCCGCAAGAGCCUAAAACUACAGCUGCUCCCAAUUGUUAUCCAGGCUCCUCAGAUCCGCGAUGCCCACAGAAGCCUAGAACUACUACAAGGCCCAGCUGUUACCCUGGAUCUACAGAUCCCGAUUGCCAACCAGCUACAUAUCUUCCACCGACCACGGCUCGCCCUUCGAUAGCAACCUCUAGGCCAAAUUGUUAUCCAGGUUCAACUGAUGCAAGAUGCCCUCAAAUACCGAAAACAACUUCCAAACCAAACUGUUAUCCUGGAUCCACUGAUCCCCGCUGUCCACAACAACCCAAGACGACAUCUAAGCCAAACUGUUAUCCUGGAUCCACAGAUCCUCGUUGUCCGCAGCAACCUAAGACGACAGCUAAGCCAAACUGUUAUCCUGGUUCAUCGGAUCCGCGAUGCCCUCAGGAACCAAGAACUACAUCAAAGCCUCGUUGCUACCCUGGAUCUACAGAUCCCGAUUGUCAACCAGCUACAAAUCCUCCACCGACCACGGUUCGCCCUUCUAUAACAACCUCUAGGCCAAAUUGUUAUCCAGGUUCAACAGAUAUAAGAUGCCCACAACAACCGAAGACAACAUCUAAGCCAAACUGUUAUCCUGGAUCCACAGAUCCACGUUGUCCGCAGCAACCUAAGACGACAGCUAAGCCGAACUGUUAUCCUGGUUCAUCGGAUCCGCGAUGCCCUCAGGAACCAAGAACUACAUCGAAGCCCCGCUGCUACCCUGGAUCGACAGAUCCUGAUUGCCAACCAGCCACAUAUCUUCCACCAACCACAGUUCGCCCUUCGAUAACAACGUCUAGGCCAUAUUGUUAUCCAGGUUCAACAGAUACAAGAUGCCCACAACAACCGAAGACAACAUCUAAGCCAAACUGUUAUCCUGGAUCCACUGAUCCUCGUUGUCCGCAACAGCCUAGAACAACAGCUCGUCCCAACUGUUAUCAGGGAUCGUCGGAUCCUAGAUGCCCUCAGGAACCAAGGACUACACCGAAACCAACAACUAAGGCAACUGUUAAGCCUGCAUGCUAUCCAGGAUCAAAAGAUCCCGAAUGCUUAAAUUGUUUCCCGGGAUCCCCAGAUCCAAGAUGCCCAAAGGUUCCAACAACCAGGAAAGCUGGAUGCUACGAAGGUUCACGUGAUCCAAAUUGUCAACCGGCGACGUACCUCCCGCCAAUUAAAACAACUAAGAUUCCGGGUAACCAAGUUACUCCCUCAAAACCUAAUUGUUUGGCUGGAUCUACAGACCCCAGAUGUCCGCAAAAACCGAAGACAACGGCUUCACCAAACUGCUACAGAGGAUCUUCAGAUCCUCGAUGCCCCCAAGAACCCAAAACUACAUCAAAACCACGUUGCUACCCCGGAUCUAACGAUCCCGACUGUGAGCAAACCACUUAUCCACCGCGGACUACAAUUCGUCCUCCGAUAACUACAUCUAAACCAAGAUGCUAUCCAGGAUCUGCUGAUCCUCGGUGUCCUCAGGAACCAAGAACUACUACAAGACCCAGCUGUUACCCGGGAUCUACAAAUCCCGAUUGCCAACCAGCUACAUAUCUUCCUCCAACCACAGUUCGCCCUUCGAUAACCACAUCUAGGCCAAAUUGUUAUCCAGGUUCAACUGACGCAAGAUGUCCCCAACAACCGAAGACGACAGCUAAGCCAAACUGUUAUCCUGGAUCCACAGAUCCUCGUUGUCCGCAGCAACCUAAGACGACAGCUAAGCCGAGCUGUUAUCCUGGUUCAUUGGAUCCGCGAUGCCCUCAGGAACCAAGAACUACUACAAGACCCAGCUGUUACCCGGGAUCUACAAAUCCCGAUUGCCAACCAGCUACAUAUCUUCCUCCAACCACAGUUCGCCCUUCGAUAACCACAUCUAGGCCAAAUUGUUAUCCAGGUUCAACUGACGCAAGAUGCCCACAACAACCGAAGACAACAUCUAAGCCAAACUGUUAUCCUGGAUCAACUGAUCCUCGUUGUCCGCAACAGCCCAAGACGACAUCUAAGCCAAACUGUUAUCCUGGAUCCACAGAUCCUCGUUGUCCGCAGCAACCUAAGACGACAGCUAAACCGAACUGUUAUCCUGGUUCAUCGGAUCCGCGAUGCCCUCAGGAACCAAGAACUACAUCAAAGCCUCGUUGCUACCCUGGAUCUACAGAUCCCGAUUGUCAACCAACUACAAAUCCUCCACCGACCACGGUUCGGCCUUCGAUAACAACCUCUAGGCCAAAUUGUUAUCCAGGUUCAACAGAUAUAAGAUGCCCACAGCAACCAAAGACAACAUCUAAGCCAAACUGUUAUCCUGGAUCCACAGAUCCACGUUGUCCGCAGCAACCUAAGACGACAGCUAAGCCGAACUGCUAUCCUGGUUCAUCGGAUCCGCGAUGCCCUCAGGAACCAAGAACUACAUCGAAGCCCCGUUGUUACCCUGGAUCGACAGAUCCCGAUUGCCAACCAGCUACAUAUCUUCCUCCAACCACAGUUCGCCCUUCGAUAACCACAUCUAGGCCAAAUUGUUAUCCAGGUUCAACUGACGCAAGAUGCCCACAACAACCGAAGACAACAUCUAAGCCAAACUGUUAUCCUGGAUCAACUGAUCCUCGUUGUCCGCAACAGCCCAAGACGACAUCUAAGCCAAACUGUUAUCCUGGAUCCACAGAUCCUCGUUGUCCGCAGCAACCUAAGACGACAGCUAAACCGAACUGUUAUCCUGGUUCAUCGGAUCCGCGAUGCCCUCAGGAACCAAGAACUACAUCAAAGCCUCGUUGCUACCCUGGAUCUACAGAUCCCGAUUGUCAACCAACUACAAAUCCUCCACCGACCACGGUUCGGCCUUCGAUAACAACCUCUAGGCCAAAUUGUUAUCCAGGUUCAACAGAUACAAGAUGCCCACAACAACCGAAGACAACAUCUAAGCCAAACUGUUAUCCUGGAUCAACUGAUCCUCGUUGUCCGCAACAGCCCAAGACGACAUCUAAGCCAAACUGUUAUCCUGGAUCAACUGAUCCUCGUUGUCCGCAACAGCCUAGAACAACACCUCGUCCCAACUGUUAUCCGGGAUCGUCGGAUCCUAGAUGCCCUCAGGAACCAAGGACUACACCGAAACCAACAACUAAGGCAACUGUUAAGCCUGCAUGCUAUCCAGGAUCAAAAGAUCCCGAAUGCUUAAAUUGUUUCCCGGGAUCCCCAGAUCCAAGAUGCCCAAAGGUUCCAACAACCAGGAAAGCUGGAUGCUACGAAGGUUCACGUGAUCCAAAUUGUCAACCGGCGACGUACCUCCCGCCAAUUAAAACAACUAAGAUUCCGGGUAACCAAGUUACUCCCUCAAAGCCUAAUUGUUUGGCUGGAUCUACAGACCCCAGAUGUCCGCAAAAACCGAAGACAACGGCUUCACCAAACUGCUACAGAGGAUCUUCUGAUCCUCGAUGCCCCCAAGAACCCAAAACUACAUCAAAACCACGUUGCUACCCCGGAUCUAACGAUCCCGACUGUGAGCAAACCACUUAUCCACCGCGGACUACAAUUCGUCCUCCGAUAACUACAUCUAAACCAAGAUGCUAUCCAGGAUCUGCUGAUCCUCGGUGUCCUCAGGAACCAAGAACUACUACAAGACCCAGCUGUUACCCAGGAUCUACAAAUCCCGAUUGCCAACCAGAUACAUAUCUUCCUCCGACCACAGUUCGCCCUUCGAUAACAACCUCAGGGCCAAAUUGUUAUCCAGGUUCCACUGAUGCAAGGUGCCCUCAACAACCGAAGACAACAUCUAAGCCAAACUGUUAUCCUGGAUCCACUGAUCCUCGCUGCCCACAACAUCCAAGAACGACACCCGGUCCUAACUGCUACCCUGGAUCGUCUGAUCCUCGGUGCCCCCAGCAACCGAGAACUACAACUUAUCAACCCCCUACUACAAUUCGACCUCCAAUAACUACACCGAAACCAAGAUGCUAUCCUGGAUCGUCUGAUCCUCGAUGCCCCCAGGAACCCAGAACUACUACUCUUCAACCCCCUACUACAAUUCGACCUUCGAUAACUACUUCAAAGACAAGAUGCUAUCCUGGUUCAACUGACCCACGUUGCCCACAGCAACCUAACACGACACCAUCGCCUAAUUGCUAUCCAGGAUCGAACGAUCCUCGGUGCCCAACAACUAAGACAACUGCUACGCCAGCAUGCUAUCCAGGAUCCAAAAAUCCUGCAUGCUUAAAUUGUUACCCUGGUUCCCCAGAUCCAAGAUGUCCCAAGGUUCCUACAACUAGAAAACCAGGGUGUCACGAAGGUUCAAGUGACCCAAAUUGUCAGCCGGCCACUUAUCUCCCACCAAUUAGAACAACCAAGAUUCCCGGGAACCAAAUUACUCCCGCGAAGCCUAAUUGCUUUGAGGGAUCUUCUGACCCUAGGUGCCCUCAAAAACCGAAGACUACUUCUUCGCCAAACUGUUAUAGAGGAUCUUCAGAUCCUCGAUGCCCCCAAGUGCUCACAACUACAUCGAAACCCCGCUGCUACCCAGGGUCUACUGAUCCCCAAUGCGAAUCAGUUACUUACCCACCCCGCACUACAAUUCGUCCAACAAUAACUACCUCUAGACCAAACUGCUAUUCAGGUUCAUCUGAUCCUCGAUGCCCACAACAACCGAGAACAACACCUAGGCCCAAUUGUUAUCCGGGAUCAUCGGAUCCUCGAUGCCCUCAAGUACCAAGAACUACUUCGAAGCCACGCUGUUACCCUGGAUCCACUGAUCCUGAUUGCAAGCCAGUAACUUACCUUCCACCAACUACAGUUCGUCCAUCAAUAACUACGUCUAGACCGAAUUGUUACCCUGGUUCAAGUGAUCCUAGGUGCCCACAGCAGCCUAAAACGACUCAUACACCCUGUUAUCCUGGAUCGUCUGAUCCUCGCUGCUCCCAAAACUUGGUCACGACAACAUCGCGGCCUAAUACUACCCCUUCUUAUUGCUUCCCAGGGUCUGUAGAUCCUCGUUGUCCUGACACAUAUAAGGGUUCAACUCCUAUUCCUGCCACGUACUUGCCGCCUUUAAGUAAUCCAGGCUAUGAUAGGACCAUAAGAGACGCAAAAAGCCAAUUCUUUACAGAGAUUAACAAAUUGGCUUCAACAGAUAACAAUGUUUUUGAGCUAGAAGAUGAUGAUGAGAGUGAGUACUCUAGAAAUAAACGCGAUCUGAGCGAUAAAGAUAUAGACCCAAUAGCAUUUAAUGAAGCCAACGAAGAUCUUCUAUCAAGAAAAAUCAUGAAGCGUGAGUUCAAUGAGCGUCCACCGGAAAGAGAGGUUAUUUCCUUUACCCUCGGCAUUCGAACAGGGAUUCAAGUGAAUUAGACCGAUUUGUACAAUAUUAAAUUGUUAUAGCCGAUAACGUAGCUCUCUCGCAAUAAGAUUAACUUGUUAAAAAAAUGAUAUAUUAUGAUAUUUAUAUAUAUAUAUAUUAUUACUAUUAAACGUAAUCAUUCAAAUAUACUCGAUUUUAGUAAUAGUCUCAUUUUAAGUAUUUUCAAAUUUUAACGAAUGAUUCAUGUACUCGAUCAAAAAUUCUCGUGAAUUUAAUUGACACAAUAAACGAUACAA